CUAGUGUCCGCCGCUCGUUUUGUUUGGAUAGGAUUCAAUGUUGCCAGUAAAUUUCGCAGACCAGCGCGUACCCCUUAAAUGCCCCCGACGUAGAAAUCAAGGAAAGAGAUCGAGGUGUAGAACAUUAACCCAGCAGGGUUAAACUGCUAUAACAGCACCGUAAGGAGGAGAGUUUUCACACUGUGGAGGGACGGACUUGGACGCGGGUGCAGGAAUCCGCUAGAAGUUGAGGAUCCAGAGACACUUCAGUAUCCAUUGCAGACAUGGGCAAGAACAAGGAAAAGCAUGUUGAUGAGGAGACUCUGGGAAAAAUAAAGCGCUCACCGAAAUUAUGUGGGACUAACUAUCCAGUAAGCAUCGCCUUCAUUGUGGUCAAUGAGUUCUGCGAGAGAUUCUCAUACUAUGGCAUGAAAGCGGUGCUCACGCUUUACUUCAUCAACUACCUGGGCUGGGACAAGAAUCUGUCCACAGCGGUGUACCAUGCCUUCUCAGGCUUGUGUUACUUUACCCCUCUUCUGGGAGCUUUGAUAGCAGACUCCUGGUUGGGAAAGUUCAAAACCAUCAUCUAUCUGUCUAUAGUUUAUGUGAUCGGUCAUGUGGUUAAGUCUGUAGGAGCCAUUCCCGAUGUGGGGAACAGUACGGUUCAUAUAGUUCUGUCAAUAACUGGUCUGAUCCUGAUAGCUUUUGGGACAGGAGGAAUCAAGCCAUGUGUCGCAGCUUUUGGUGGUGACCAGUUUGAUGAGGAACAUACAGCGGAGAGGACAAAAUUUUUCUCAAUCUUUUACAUGUCAAUCAAUGCUGGAAGUGUCCUAUCAACCAUCAUCACGCCGAUAUUAAGAGGUGAUGUGCAGUGUUUUGGUAGAGACUGCUAUGCCCUGGCCUUUGGAGUCCCUGCUGUUUUAAUGAUUAUUGCACUAGUGGUGUUCAUUGCUGGAAAUGGGUUAUAUAAGAAGAGUCCACCUGAAGGAAAUGUCCUGUUGCGUGUUUGCAAAUGUAUCGGGUUUGCUAUUCGCAAUCGAUGGAGGAACUCCAAGAACAGCCCAAAGCGCAAACACUGGCUGGACUGGGCCGAGGAGAAGUUCUCGAAGCGGCUCAUUCAGGAAAUUAAAAUGUUGUUCAGGGUGCUGGUCCUGUACAUUCCUUUGCCCAUGUUUUGGGCUCUCUUUGACCAACAGGGGUCACGAUGGACUCUCCAGGCCACUCGGAUGAACAUGGAUUUCGGUGGAGCAUUCAUUCUGAAGCCUGAUCAGAUGCAGAUGCUGAAUGCUUUGCUGAUUCUGGUAUUUAUUCCCAUCUUUGAUAUGGGCAUAUACCCGCUGAUUGGCCUGUGCCGCAUCAAGCUCACUCCUCUAAAGAAGAUGGCUAUUGGCAUGAUUCUCGGUGCUCUUGCUUUCGGUGCUGCGACUAUCGUAGAAAUCAAUGUCAUAAAAACUGUGGUGAAACCUCCUGCAGCCAGAGAAAGCCUUGUGCAAGUUUACAAUCUAAUGGAUACAGAAGUCACUGUGCAGUUUCCAGGACAAACUAACUUCUCCGAGCCAAUUAAAUCAUAUGAGGAUCCUGUGGGAUACACAAGUCUUUCACUUACUGGUGAAUCGCAGAUCCACACUGUUACUGUCAACCACAAUGGGGCGGCACACCAGUGUCAACUGGCCUUCAAAGAACAGACUGCAUACAGUCUCAUUCUGCACGGCCAGCCUGAUGGUACUGCAUGCAAACUGGUGGAAGAUCAUAUCACCAAAUCUGAAACUGGAGCUGCGUAUUUAAGGUUUAUCAAUACUCGCUCAGAGAGCAUCAACAUAACCGUGGGGACUGCAGAAUUUUAUGCACCCGUCGAUUAUGGAAAUUCUCACAAUCUAAGUGUGCAAAGAGGAGAAUACAAUGGAGUUCAAUGCGUAUCAGGUCUCUCCCGAUAUCAAAUUGAUCUUGGACUUCUUGAUUUUGGUGCCUCGUACACCGUCAUACUCAAAGGGGGAAGAGAGGAAUUAACGUUCACAAAGAUGGAGGACAUCCAAGCCAACAACAUUCACAUUGGCUGGCAGGUUCCACAGUAUGCUUUGAUCACAGCAGGAGAAGUGAUGUUCUCCAUUACAGGCCUGGAGUUCUCUUACUCACAGGCACCGACGAGCAUGAAGUCGGUUCUUCAGGCCGGAUGGCUUAUGACUGUGGCAUUUGGAAAUGUCAUCGUAUUGAUCGUGGCAGAGGGGGCUGGAAUGGAACAGUGGACGGAGUUCCUCCUUUUUGCUGGUCUUUUGGUGGCAGUCAGCAUCAUCUUCUCCAUCAUGGCCUAUUUCUACACCUAUGUGGAUCCCGAUCAGCUAGACAAGCUCUUCCCAGACGACGAUGGGAAUGUUGAUGGUCCUAAGAGUAAGAAAAAUGAGAGCGUUUACAUGGCAGAUAUGCCAAAGAAAACCAAGAUGUAGCGAGAAGACUGCUUCCUUUUUGAACUAACAACAUCUAUUAAUUGAAUAAGCUAAUGUUUCAUAGUAAACUGUGUUAGUCGGACCACAGUUACGUUUUGUCAUUCCAGGGACUUUAGGUGAUUUUCUGCUGAGCUCUCCUGCUCAGUGAUCGUAUUCCAGAUGAAUGAAGAGAAAAUUAAAUUGUGAUUUACUUUAUAUGGUGUCAUACACUAGUCUUUGUGUUUGAGCAGUUUUAAAAUGUGAUGGAUCUGUAAUCAUGCAUCUUUAAUCAUUUGAAGACGCGAAGAUGUCAUUUGUUUUAAGUUGGACAUCACUUCGAGCCACUAUUGGUCAGUAAAUAAUGCCAUUUGCACAAUUUAAAGUUCACAUUUGUAAAUAUUGUUUUUCAUUCUUUGUUGUUGUGACUGUUCGGGUGAUAAUGUUCUUGAUGAACUUUUACUUACAAUUCAGAUGCUUAAUGUUGCCAAGGAAUUUGAAAAUGAGCUCAAAGUCUGAAAUCACUUGAAACACAGAGAUUAUGAUGCAAAAUAGAGUCAUUUAAGAUUUUUGAGACAAAUUGUAUUACUUAGUUCAGCUUGUUAUGCUUAUAAUUUAUAUACAGUAUGUAUAUAAUUACUCUAAAUUUAUACUAGUGGUUUCCGCAUUCUGGAUCAUUUUAUGUUUUGUCAAUCAUCUGAAAAACAAAUGCAUAUUAACCAUUGUGUACAAUUUACAUUUAUUGUACAGAAGGACUGACAGAUUCAAGACAUAAUCAAUAUGGUAUCUUUUAUUUGUAGAAGAUGUUUAAUAAAAUGCAGUUUAUUA